AAAUUCAUUCACGCUUAACACACACUCUCUGCUCAAGCAGAAAAUGGAACUUUCCGGAACCGCCGGUGCCGCCGACGAUCAACUUGCUCGGACUUCCGAAAUCGAAUCUCAGCUUUCCACCGUCGUUUACGAGCUCUCACAACAAGUGCAAGGGGCAAUGGAGAACAUGCUGAAGAUGAUAAACGAAGUUGAUCACAGCUCUACUGAAGUAACAGAAGACAUGGAGAAGUGCAAGGAAUCUGCUCUCGAGAGGAGUAAAACUCUAGAGGAACAGAAGGAACAUUUUCAAAGAGCUGCUUAUGCUAUUUUGAACAUGCUGAAUAACCAGGGAGGAUAAAAUUUGUACAGAGGACAUGCCUGACAUUCGACCCCAUCACUACUCGAAACAAUUAAAAGUUGUAGAGAAUCCACAAGUCAAAUAGCUUUGUAGCAUUUUGGGAAAUACAGUUGAGUUGCUUGAAUUUGAAAGGUAAUAAUCAAUGUAUGAUCUCCACGAAUCAUGUGCCUUUCAACGUUGAGUUGACUAUACUAAAAGUUGGGUUUUGUGUCCUCAUGAA